UAAAAACCCUAUCCGGUCUAUCCUCUCUCAUCCCACUGGCCCCAAAAAUGGCGAUCUCCCUCUCCUCCCUCUCCUCCUCCUUCGCCUCUCUCUCCUUCUCCUCCAACCUCUCCUCGAACCCUAGGAUCCUCCGACCCCUCCCGACCCUCGCUUCCACCCGACGCGCCCCGCUCCGCGCCGUCGUCGCCGCCUCCUCCGCCGCCACCGCCGUCGCUGCGUUCUCCGGUGGCGCCGCCGAGGUUGCGGAGGUGGAGGGUGUGAGCUUGGAGAAGUACGUGAAGGCCAGGCUCCCCGGGGGAUUCGCGGCUCAGAGGAUCAUCGGGACGGGGCGUAGGAAGUGCGCCAUCGCCCGCGUCGUGCUCCAAGAGGGCUCCGGGAAGGUCAUCAUCAACUACCGCGACGCUAAGGAAUACCUCCAAGGAAAUCCCCUGUGGCUGCAGUAUGUGAAAACUCCACUGUUGACCUUAGGGUUCGAGAGCAGCUACGAUGUUUUCGUCAAGGCUCACGGGGGCGGCCUCUCGGGUCAGGCCCAGGCGAUUUCUCUCGGUAUCGCGCGCGCUUUGCUGAAAGUUAGUGAGAACCACAGAAGUGCUUUGAGGAAGGAGGGCCUUUUGACCAGAGAUUCUCGGGUCGUCGAAAGGAAGAAAGCGGGUCUUAAGAAAGCUCGGAAAGCUCCCCAGUACUCGAAGCGUUAGCGUAGUUUCUAUUUACAUGGUUUUGUGUGUAACUUUUUUUGUUUUUUUCGGUCAUGAUUUGUAAGUUUGUAUUAUGUUUUAUCUGAACAUACCACAAUUUGCUUUAGCUUGUAAUCAUUCCCUUAAAUUGGUGCGGGAAUUGGAAUCCAUCACCUUUCAUGGUUGUAAAUGUUCCUUUUGAUCUUGAAAGAGCAGAGAAUUAAUCGCUUAUUCGACAGUAGUUA